CCUUUCAGCUUCAGAUGCGCUUAGAGCGCACUGGAGAGUAGUUCAGGAAAAGGGAGGGGAAUAGCAGUUAGUCAGAGUAGCUAGAAUAAAGUCUUUCAUAAAUAGGCUCAUUGUUGAUCAAACAACGUGGGUCCUUUGGAGACUGCCAUCGGAGGCAUUCCGGUCGCCAGUGGGGACCAGGAGAGAGUCUUGGUGGCGUUUUAAGCUGUUCCUUCUUUCAAAGCGGCGUGCCGGGGGAGGACGCGUCUCUUUGAAUAGACAGGAUGCACGGACCGCCCUCCAGCGACAGCGCAUGCCCAUUGCGCCUCAUCAAGAGAGUGCAAUUCGGCAUCAUCAGUCCAGAUGAGCUUAAACGGAUGUCUGUCACCGAAGGUGGCAUCAAGUACUCCGAAACUACAGAGGGAGGCCGCCCAAAGCUGGGCGGUCUUAUGGAUCCAAGACAAGGGGUCAUAGAGCGAACGGGCAGGUGUCAGACAUGUGCAGGUAACAUGGCGGAGUGCCCCGGUCAUUUUGGCCACAUUGAGUUGGCCAAGCCGGUGUUUCAUGUCGGCUUCGUCAACAAAAUUAUGAAGAUACUUCGCUGUGUCUGUUUCUUCUGCUCCAAGCUUCUAGUGGAUUCUAAUAACCCGAAGAUCAAGGACAUCCUGGGGAAGUCAAAGGGGCAACCACGGAAGCGCCUGACCCAUGUCUAUGACCUGUGUAAAGGCAAGAACAUUUGUGAGGGUGGUGAGGAGAUGGACAACAAGUUUGGAAUGGAGCAGCAGGACCACGAUGAAGACCUUACCAAGGAGAAGGGUCAUGGAGGCUGUGGGCGUUACCAGCCCGUCAUCCGUCGGACAGGCCUGGAGCUGUACGCCGAGUGGAAGCACGUGAAUGAGGACUCGCAGGAGAAGAAGAUCCUGCUCAACCCGGAGCGUGUGCACGAGAUCUUCAAGCGCAUCUCCGACGAGGAGGACGUCAUCCUGGGCAUGGACCCCAAGUUUGCCCGGCCCGAGUGGAUGAUUCUCACGGUGCUGCCCGUGCCCCCUCUUGCUGUCCGGCCCGCUGUGGUCAUGCAGGGCUCUGCCCGUAAUCAGGAUGACUUGACUCACAAGCUGGCUGACAUCGUCAAGAUCAACAACCAGCUGCGGAGGAACGAACAGAGUGGCGCCGCGGCCCACGUCAUAGCUGAGGACGUGAAGCUACUGCAGUUCCACGUGGCCACCAUGGUGGACAACGAGCUCCCUGGUCUGCCCAGAGCUAUGCAGAAAUCGGGCCGUCCCCUCAAGUCCCUUAAACAGCGUCUUAAGGGGAAAGAGGGCCGCGUCCGCGGUAACCUGAUGGGUAAACGUGUGGACUUCUCGGCCCGAACGGUCAUCACGCCCGACCCCAACCUGCAGAUUGACCAAGUGGGUGUGCCUCGAUCCAUCGCGGCCAACAUGACCUUCCCCGAAAUCGUCACACCCUUCAACAUCGACAGACUUCAAGAGCUCGUGAGUAGAGGGAACAGCCAGUACCCGGGAGCUAAGUACAUCAUCCGUGACAACGGCGACCGCAUUGACCUGCGGUUCCACCCUAAACCCAGUGACCUUCACCUCCAGAUUGGUUACAAGGUCGAACGACACAUGUGCGAUGGCGACAUCAUCAUCUUCAACAGACAGCCUACGCUGCACAAAAUGUCCAUGAUGGGGCAUCGUGUGCGAAUCCUGCCAUGGUCCACCUUCCGUAUGAACCUCAGUGUGACGACUCCCUACAACGCUGACUUUGAUGGGGACGAGAUGAACUUGCAUCUUCCCCAGUCUCUGGAGACGAAAGCAGAGAUCCAGGAGCUGGCCAUGGUGCCCCGUAUGAUCGUCACCCCCCAGUCCAACAGGCCCGUCAUGGGUAUUGUGCAGGACACACUCACCGCCGUGCGCAAAUUCACAAAGAGAGACGUCUUCUUAGACAGGGGCGAGGUGAUGAACCUGUUGAUGUUCCUCUCCACGUGGGACGGCAAAGUGCCCCAGCCAGCCAUCUUGAAGCCCCGACCGUUCUGGACGGGCAAGCAGAUAUUCAGUCUCAUCAUCCCCGGCCACAUCAACGUCAUCCGCACCCACAGCACCCACCCCGACGAGGAGGACAGCGGCCCCUACAAGCACAUCUCCCCUGGGGACACCAAGGUGGUUGUGGAGAACGGCGAGCUCAUCAUGGGCAUCCUGUGUAAGAAGUCCCUGGGAACGUCGGCCGGCUCCCUGGUCCACAUCUCCUACCUGGAGAUGGGCCACGACGUCACCCGCCUCUUCUACUCCAACAUCCAGACGGUGGUCAACAACUGGCUGCUCAUCGAGGGUCACUCCAUCGGUAUUGGUGACUCCAUUGCUGAUGCAAAGACUUACUUGGACAUUCAGAACACCAUCAAGAAGGCCAAACAGGAUGUGAUAGAGGUGAUUGAGAAAGCCCACAACAACGAGCUGGAGCCCACCCCAGGUAACACGCUCCGACAGACCUUUGAGAACCAGGUGAACCGAAUCCUGAACGACGCUCGAGACAAAACCGGUUCAUCCGCCCAGAAGUCCCUGUCUGAGUACAACAACUUCAAGUCCAUGGUGGUGGCCGGGUCCAAAGGGUCCAAAAUUAACAUCUCACAGGUUAUUGCUGUGGUAGGGCAGCAGAACGUGGAGGGUAAGCGAAUCCCAUUCGGCUUCAAGCAUCGGACACUGCCCCACUUCAUCAAAGAUGAUUACGGCCCCGAGAGUAGAGGCUUUGUAGAGAACUCGUACCUGGCCGGCCUGACGCCCACCGAGUUCUUCUUCCACGCCAUGGGAGGCAGAGAGGGUCUUAUCGACACAGCUGUCAAAACAGCUGAGACUGGUUACAUCCAGCGUCGUCUGAUUAAGUCUAUGGAGUCUGUGAUGGUCAAAUAUGACGCCACGGUGCGGAACUCCAUCAACCAGGUUGUGCAGCUGCGCUACGGGGAGGACGGCCUGGCCGGCGAGUGUGUGGAGUUCCAGAACCUGGCCACACUCAAGCCCUCGCACAAGGCCUUCGAAAAGAAGUUCAAGUUUGACUACAGCAACGAGCGAGCCCUCCGGCGCACCCUACAGGAGGACGUGGUGAAGGAUGUGCUGACCAACGCGCACGUGCAGAGUGCCCUGGAGACCGAGUUUGAGAAGAUGAAGGAGGACCGGGAGAUUCUGCGCGCCAUUUUCCCUACAGGGGACAGCAAGGUGGUGCUGCCGUGCAACCUGUCCAGAAUGAUCUGGAACGCUCAGAAGAUUUUCCGCAUCAACCCGCGGACCCCCACGGACCUCAACCCACUGCGGGUGAUCGAGGGCACACACGGUCUGAGUAAGAAGCUGGUGAUUGUGAACGGCGAAGACCCCCUGAGUCGGCAGGCGCAGCAGAACGCCACGCUGCUCUUCAACAUCCACCUGCGCUCCACCCUCUGCUCGCGGCGCAUGACGGAGGAGUUCCGCCUCAGCACCGAAGCCUUCGACUGGCUCCUCGGAGAGAUCGAAACCAAAUUCAACCAGGCCAUUGCACACCCGGGUGAGAUGGUUGGUGCCCUGGCUGCCCAGUCUCUGGGAGAGCCUGCCACCCAGAUGACCCUGAACACCUUCCAUUACGCCGGCGUGUCGGCCAAGAACGUCACGCUGGGUGUGCCCCGUCUCAAGGAGCUGAUCAACAUCUCCAAGCGGCCCAAGACCCCCUCGCUCACCGUCUUCCUGGUGGGCCAAGCGGCGCGUGACGCAGAGAGGGCCAAGGACAUCCUGUGUCGCCUGGAGCACACCACACUGCGCAAGGUGACUGCCAACACGGCUAUCUACUACGACCCCAACCCCCAGAACACAGUAGUGACUGAGGACCAGGAGUGGGUGAACGUCUACUAUGAGAUGCCCGACUUCGACGUGACCCGCAUUUCGCCCUGGUUGCUCCGCAUCGAGCUGGACCGCAAGCACAUGACUGACCGCAAACUGACCAUGGAGCAAAUUGCUGAGAAGAUCAACGCUGGGUUCGGUGACGAUCUGAACUGUAUCUUCAACGACGACAACGCUGAGAAGCUGGUGCUGCGAAUUCGCAUCAUGAACAGCGACGAGAACAAGUUCCAAGAGGAUGAGGAGGUGGUGGACAAGAUGGACGACGAUGUGUUCCUGAGGUGCAUCGAGUCCAACAUGCUGACAGACAUGACUCUGCAGGGUAUUGAGCAGAUCAGCAAGGUGUACAUGCACCUUCCGCAGACUGACAAUAAGAAGCGGAUCAUUAUCACAGAGGACGGCGAGUUCAAGGCCCUGCAGGAGUGGAUCCUGGAGACGGACGGCGUGGCCCUCAUGCGCGUGCUGAGUGACAAGGAUGUGGACCCCGUCAGGACCACCUCCAACGACAUCGUGGAGAUUUUCACCGUGUUGGGUAUUGAGGCCGUGCGAAAGGCUCUGGAGAGGGAGUUGUACCAUGUGAUCUCCUUUGACGGUUCCUAUGUCAACUACCGGCAUCUGGCCCUGCUUUGCGACACGAUGACCAGUAGGGGUCAUUUAAUGGCCAUCACCCGUCACGGCAUCAACCGGCAGGACACCGGGCCGCUCAUGAAGUGCUCCUUUGAGGAAACGGUGGAUGUGCUGAUGGAGGCCUCGUCGCACGGCGAGUGCGACCCCAUGAAGGGCGUGUCGGAGAACAUCAUGCUGGGCCAGUUGGCCCCUUGCGGCACCGGCUGCUUUGACCUGCUGCUGGAUGCUGAGAAGUGCAAGUACGGCAUGGAGAUCCCCACCAACAUCCCUGGCAUCAGCGUUCCUGGACCAACGGGCAUGUUCUAUGGCUCCGCCCCGAGCCCGAUGAGCGCCAUGUCUCCCGCUAUGACCCCCUGGAACAUGGGAGCAACUCCUGCAUAUGGUGCCUGGUCGCCCAGCGUGGGAAGUGGAAUGACCCCCGGAGCAGCAGGCUUCUCUCCCAGCGCAGCGUCCGACGCCAGUGGCUUCUCCCCGGGUUACUCCCCGGCCUGGUCCCCAACGCCUGGGUCUCCUGGAUCACCGGGGCCGGCCAGCCCCUACAUCCCCUCGCCAGGUGGCGCCAUGUCCCCGAAUUACUCUCCGACUUCUCCUGCCUACGAGCCUCGCUCUCCUGGUGGCUACACCCCGCAGAGCCCUGGCUAUUCCCCGACAUCACCCUCCUAUUCCCCGACUUCUCCAUCCUACUCCCCCACCAGUCCCAACUACAGCCCAACAUCCCCCUCUUAUUCCCCGACCUCUCCCUCCUACUCGCCAACCUCCCCGUCUUAUUCGCCCACAUCACCCAGCUACUCGCCCACGUCUCCAUCUUAUUCGCCGACUUCUCCGUCGUACUCCCCGACAUCGCCCUCCUACUCGCCCACGUCGCCCAGCUACAGCCCCACGUCGCCCAGCUACAGCCCCACAUCGCCCAGCUACAGCCCCACCUCCCCGUCCUACUCUCCCACGUCUCCGAGCUACUCGCCGACGUCUCCGUCUUAUUCGCCGACGUCUCCGUCGUACUCCCCGACUUCACCCUCCUAUUCGCCGACGUCCCCCAGCUACAGUCCAACGUCACCCAAUUAUACCCCAACGUCACCCAGCUACUCGCCCACCUCUCCCUCCUACAGCCCUACAUCUCCCAGUUACUCCCCCACCUCUCCAAACUACACGCCGACGUCCCCAAGCUAUUCCCCGACCUCGCCCUCUUACUCUCCCACCUCUCCGUCCUACUCCCCCUCCAGCCCGCGGUUCACCCCACAGUCACCUACUUACACCCCGAGCUCACCCUCCUACAGCCCAAGCUCACCUUCCUAUUCCCCCACCUCCCCCAAAUACACCCCCACCUCCCCCUCCUACAGUCCCAGUUCUCCGGAGUACACCCCUACGUCGCCCAAGUACUCCCCGACCUCUCCCAAAUACUCCCCAACAUCGCCCAAAUACAGCCCUACCUCUCCGACUUACUCCCCCACCACCCCCAAGUACAGCCCAACCUCGCCAACCUACUCUCCCACGUCUCCCACCUACACCCCGACCAGCCCCAAAUACUCUCCCACCUCCCCAACAUACUCCCCGACCUCCCCCAAGUACUCGCCUACGUCCCCCACCUACUCGCCCACUAGCCCCAAGGGCUCCACCUACAGCCCCACCUCUCCUGGGUACAGCCCCACCUCCCCCACCUACAGCCUCACCAGCCCUGCCAUCAGCCCCGACGACAGCGAUGAGGAAAACUGAAGCCCAUUGGAGGAUGGGAGCUGAAGCGGCUUCCCCUGCCCCAGCGAUUGGCCCUCAAGCCCCAGGGCAGAUGACUAAUGAAGGACUGCUCCUGUGGGGGAGGCAGUUGGGGUGUUGUGGAGGAGGUGAUGGUGUUGGUUCAGAGAGGAGGCAUAGGACCUUCGGGUCCCACACGUGAAAAUGUUUGUUUUUGUUUCUUUCGUUCUUUCUUUUUUCUUUUUUUUUUUGACCUCUCUGACAACUUCAGCCUCUUCCCUUCAGUGGGGGUUACUCUGUAUACUGCUAUUGUAUUUCAUAGACUUGAACUAUUGGCCAGACGAUGGCUGCCUUCAAAUAGACAUUUGUUUUGUUUUUUGUUUGUUUUGUUUUUAAAUUCUGGUGGGUGUUACCUCAGGGUAAUGUAACCCCAGAUUAAGAAAGGAAACAGUUUGUGUGGUAAACACAUCGAAAUAUCUUUUCCCAUCCCAUCACACUUUUUCUUCCUCCCUUCUUAUUUCUCUCUGAAAUUCAGUGUUGGAUGUAAAGGAAUAGGAGAGCUCAAGUAUUGCCAAAAGCCUUUGAAAAAAAGCAAACGGUGGAUUGUAUAUUAUCUGCAAAGCUUUGAAGUUUCAAACUUUUUUUUUUUUUGUCUGAUUUAGAAAUAACUUUAGUGAAGUAGAGAGGAGAGCACAGAUCCUUUUAAUAACAUAUUUUAUUCAAAAACGUAUCUCAUAGAUUUUUGUUUUCUUCUUUGUUCUGUAAAUAUUGUUGCCAGUUUUGGGUUGCCAGAUCGGCCACUAAAGUUCUGAUGAUUUGACUUGAUGUGUCCAGUUUGAUGACAGAGCUCAGACUUGCAGAGAAGGAAAAUUGUCUUCGUCCAAAAGUGUUCGGUCUGACAUUAGAAAUUAGUUCAUUCACCAGUGUGGGUCGAGAAUUUAAUCUUGUAUCUAAGAAGAGAAGGUGAGACUAUACGCAACCCAUACACAGCAGCCAUGAAUGGGAGGAUUGAUUGCCAUUUUGUUUAGUAGUGCGUGUUUGAGAGAAGGCGUGGGACAAGCGAAUUGGUGAACCAUCUGAACGCCAAACCAAACACUGAAAUUGGUCUGUUUUUAUCCCUCUCUCCUCCUUUACCAAACUCUCGACCCCAGAGGAUGCAAGCCUUAUACCUGUGUAAUUAUCUCACCAGCACCUCCCUGUCUCUUUAUUUCUGGCAAAUAUCGAGCCAGAACAGACAAAAAGGACAAAGUGAAAGCCAGCAACCAUGUUUCCUAAACACGGAGAAAGUUUGUUUGGGUGUUAAAAGCAGAAAGCAGGAGUUCUGUUGAGUUUAAAAAAAAUAAAUAAAUAAAAAGUUUUUCUUAUAAAGAAUGAGCAGUUAGAAGUCGGGGAUCUCGAGAUUUAGUCCGUUGGCUAUGGUUUUGCAUGAGAACCACCUACCAGAAUUUGUUCAAAUCAGGAUUGUUGGUUCAUUGUCUUUGGAUCCCCUCUUCAGCCUACACUCUUUAGCAACAAUUUAGUUAAAAUUGUAUAAAUGGUUGAAUCUUUGUUAUUUUUUUUUUUAAAUUUUAAUUCAAUAUUCAGUGUAUUUAAGGCAAGUUAAAAUACUACUUAUCUGUGUGAAUAAUUGAGGACAUUUAUGGGGUUAAUUCUCCACCCCCACCCUUCCCCCUCAACUCUCUAAUGCUUUAUUGGAUCUGUGAGGAAGAGUUGUCCAGGUGCUUUUGGGUGAUGAAGGUGGAGUCAUGUGGGGCAUGUGAUGUUUUUUUUUUUUUUUAUACCGCCCAUUUCCCCAACAUCUUUCCAAAACAAAGCGACCAUCGGGUCCAGCUAAUAAUUGACUAGUGCUAUUAUUUUUGAUGCAGAACAUUUCUAAGGCUAUAUGAAUUUCUUUUAAAAUUUAAAGGAUAGGGCCAUUUUCAUUUCAACUCUUUGGUGACACUUUUUUUGGUCAGGGCUAAGCUUGUCUCCAAGAAAUGGACGACUGAUUAUGCUGGUUUAAUAUUUCUUAUGAAGGAGAGGGACACCUUGCCCAGAACAGCACUUUUUGUACUUUCAGGUUUGAUCAAAUUGACCAUGAUUUUUGAGGUGAAGAAAUCGUAAGUGUUUUUGAGCAGAGCAGCAUAGUCCUGCCAUUUUAAGCGCCAACCCAAUCCAUCCACUCACAUACCCUUGGUUCACCUACUCCCAGAUUGCACCUGGCCCUCAGACAAAUCAGUAUUUGUUUAUUUUCCUCUAACUACCAAGGUCCAGAUAUGUGUGGGGGGGGGGGGGGGGGGCAGAGGUUAAAGAUGUGGGAUGGGCGAUACAAUAUCAUAGUGCUAGAAGUGUUUCAGUGGGAGGAUAUUUAAGAACUUUUUUUACCAUGGAAGUGGAACCAAGAUGAAUUCCUCACUUUGAAGGAACAUGAUUGGAACCACUGACUUUUUUUUCUUUUUUUUCUUACUUUCCUGUCAUGGUACAACACCUAUCCUGUCUGACCAUCCCAAGUUUCCAUUAUUGGUGUUGGUGACCCUAGACUGACUGGGCCGGUCUUAAGAGGGCUGUGAGUGACCUUUAGCACAGAACCAGUAAGGUACCAACUGACGAAGGAGAGCUGCUUGAACUUCUAAGAGCAUCAAGCUUCAGUUCCCAAAGCCUUAAGUUGCAAAAUGUUUGGAGGAGGUCUGUCCUGAGGCGUCUCCCUGUCUGUACAGCGUGUGCGGUCGUGUUGGUCCUCACCAAGCCCGGCUUGCCUUCAGCCGCUUGGCUGUUUUGCGUGAUGUCCAGUCGCUGUUGCUGUGUCUCGGCUCCCAGAGAGGAUACACGGGGGUGGGGUGGGGGGGGGGUGAGUGAGUGAUGAGAGUGUGUGUGUGUGUGUAUGAGUGAGUGGGCACGUGUCUAUGGGUGAGACAGGGUUUUUCCUGAGUUCUGAGUUUAAUACUGGACAGGGUUUCUCUUUGUUUGGGAGGGGGGUGGGGUUGGAGGAGGAUUUAAAUUAAGAAUUAAAAAAAAAUUGCCACUGUAUAGAAAUCGAUCUGAUUUACUUCAUUCUCUGUAUCUAUUUGUUGCGUUUGUUUUUGACUUGAGAAAAAAAUAAAGGUUUUACUACA